CUCCACGCGGUCUUGGCGAUGCAGGGCCCCCCUGCGCCCGCCCCGGCCCCUGUGCCCAGCUCCCCACGGGGCUCCCCGCGCGGCUCCCCCGGGCUCUUCAGGAAGCUCCUGGUGAACCAGAGCAUCCGCCUGCAGCGGCGCUUCACCGUGGCCCAUCCGCUGUGCUUGGACCUGGAAAAUGGGCUCUCAUGCAGAAGAAGCGCCCUGGACCCUCAGGCUGGGUCUGGCCUUGGCCGGGUCAUCCAAGCCUCUGCCCAGCACAGCCAGAGGCGGGAGUCCUUCCUGUACCGCUCAGACAGUGACUACGAACUCUCGUCCAAGACCAUGUCCCGGAACUCCUCUGUGGCUAGCGACCUACACGGAGAAGACGUGAUUGUGACACCCUUUGCCCAGGUCCUGGCCAGUCUGAGGACGGUUCGGAGCAACGUUGCGUCCCUUGCCCACCUGCAAGGCCGCGGGGCAGCCAAGCAGGCAUGCGUCGGGAACACCCCAUCUGGCAGUCAGCCCCCUCCACCAACAGAGGACACUGGGCAGACGCUGGCUUUGGAGACACUGGAUGAGCUGGAUUGGUGUUUGGAUCAGCUGGAGACACUGCAGGCGCGGCACUCGGUGGGGGAGAUGGCCUCCAACAAGUUCAAGUGGAUGCUGAACCGGGAGUUGACUCACCUGUCUGAAGCCAGCCGCUCUGGGAACCAAGUGUCUGAGUACAUAUCCCAAACCUUCCUGGACCAGCAGACUGAGGUGGAGUUGCCCAGGGUGACCCCCACGGAGCCCCCAAGUCCCAUGUCCCAGAUCAGCGGCCUGCGUGGACUCCCCCACAGUACCAGCAUUUCUGCAGCCACUGUCCCACGCUUUGGGGUCCAGACUGAUCAGGAGGGGCAACUGGCCAAGGAGCUGGAAGACACCAAGAAGUGGGGGCUUGAUGUGUUCAAGGUGGCAGAGCUAAGUGAGAACCGGCCCCUCACAGCUAUCAUGUUCAGCAUCUUUCAGGAACGGGACCUGCUCAAGACAUUUCGGAUCCCAGCCGACACACUUGCCACCUACCUACUGACACUGGAGGGUCACUACCACAACGAUGUGGCCUACCACAAUAGCCUACACGCCGCUGACGUGGCCCAGUCUACACAUGUGCUGCUGGCCACACCUGCGCUCGAGGCCGUGUUCACAGACCUGGAAGUCCUGGCUGCCAUCUUUGCAAGCGCCAUCCAUGAUGUGGAUCAUCCUGGGGUCUCCAAUCAGUUUCUCAUUAACACCAACUCAGAGCUUGCACUUAUGUACAAUGAUACCUCCAUGCUGGAGAACCACCACCUGGCUGUGGGCUUCAAGCUGCUGCAGGCAGAGAACUGUGACAUCUUCCAGAACCUCACCAUCAAGCAGCGGCUGAGUCUGCGCAGGAUGGUCAUCGACAUGGUGCUGGCCACAGACAUGUCCAAACACAUGAACAUCCUGGCUGACCUCAAGACCAUGGUGGAGACCAAGAAGGUGACAAGCCUUGGAGUCUUGCUGCUAGACAACUACUCCGACCACAUCCAGGUCUUGCAGAGCCUGGUGCACUGUGCCGACCUCAGCAACCCCACCAAGCCGCUGCCGCUCUACCGCCAGUGGACAGACCGCAUCAUGGCUGAGUUCUUCCAGCAGGGCGACCGUGAGCGUGAAUCAGGCCUGGACAUCAGCCCCAUGUGCGAUAAGCUCACGGCCUCGGUGGAGAAGUCCCAGGUGGGUUUCAUUGACUACAUUGCCCACCCACUGUGGGAGACGUGGGCUGACCUGGUACACCCAGAUGCACAGGACCUGCUGGACACUCUGGAGGACAACCGCGAGUGGUACCAGAGCAAGAUCCCCCGCAGCCCUGUGGACCCCACCAGCCCCAAGCAGGGUGAUCCCGACAGAUUCCAGUUUCAGCUGACUCUGCAGGAGGCAGAAGAGGAGGAGGGAGAGGAGGAGGGAGCAUUGGGUGGGAAGGCCUCAGAGUCACCUGACACUGAGCUCCUGUCCCCUGAGGCCAGCCCAGACCCUGGGGCCCUAUACCUGGGCAACCAGAGGACCAUGGGCAAGCCCUGUGUGGACCAUGAGGGCAAUGUGAUGGCUGAGCCUUUGGGCACCUAGUGGCCCCUGAUGGGUGGGUGGACUUUCCAGGAAGAGGUCCCAAGUGGCCCCUGCUUUGCCUUCCACACCCACUGAGGGAGACAAUCAGGCUUUUAGCUACAGACAGUUCUCAGGGUUGAAUUGGAGGCACCUGGCGGGGUCCACGCUGACCCUGAGCUCAGCUGAGAGAGCUCUCCAAGGAGCUGGGCUGGGAGCAGCCUCUUCCAGGGCCCUUGAGUUCUCCCUCCUGGACUUCAACCCCUGGUGUAGAAAGGGAGUAUCUGCCAGGCCCCUUGUCUAUCUUCUCCAGUGGUCACUCUUCAGCCACGUCCAUCACUUUAUUCUUUCAUUCUUUAUCCGAUAUUUACUGGGCACCUACUGUGUGCCAGGCCUGUGCCUGUUAUGUGCCUCUGGGGUAGCCCUGCACAAGGAGGUGGGGAGUCAGCCUCAAGGAGAUGCCCCCUCCUCUAGACACCUCCCCUUCAUCUGCAAGGCAGCUCAUUACAAGAGAACAAGAACUUGAAUGGGAGAAUUCUCAGCACCAAAGCUUCAUCCAGACUCAAUUCUGGCUCUGGAGCUCUGGUGGGGGGUGAUAGGGGCCAUGAAAGAGAGGGCUGUGUGUCAGGAACUGUCUCUGAAGACUGAUUUAACCUUCAUUGCUUGUGCACUGGCUGUUGCUUUAAGUUGCUGUGGUUUCUGUCUUCAGGUCUAAGGAUCCUAGUUCUCCCUGGUCCCAGGACCCCCUCCUGGCUCCCUUAUACUUUCUCCCUCUCUAGAACAGCAACAAAAGCACAGACUUCUCCCCCACGGAAGUUCUCUCCAUCUUCUGAUUCUGAGGCUGUCUCAGAUUCCCCGUAGGGAAAAGGAGGCCUCUGAUGCUUUCUUGCGAGUCACAGCCCCUUCUGGGCCUCAGUUUCCCCUCCAUGGCCUGAUCCUUAGUACUUGGGUAAACUUUGGUUGGAGGGUGGUGUUUGUGACCUCCCUGAAAUAUCUUAGAAAUAUGGGGCAUUCUCUGGGGUUAAAUAAACUCUAUCACCCAUAAUUAGUACCGUGCCCAUUUCACGGAUGGGGAAACAGGAGCGGAGAGGUCCUGUGACCUGAGGGCUCAAGGCCCUGUAGGUUGGGGUCACACGUUAGCCAGCGGCGCCCUCUGGUGGCUGGAGGCGCAGCAGGGAGGCGGGGCGAAUUCGGGGCCCUUCCUCGCUUUGCCAGAAGUCUCUCCCGCGCCCAGCUUGGUUGAGUUCACCCUGAGGGUGCGGGCCUGGCACAGAGCAGGUGAGGCGGCUCUGUGCUCAAGUCUCAGAUUCAAUUCCCGCUUCCGGAGGCCUCAGUAUCCCCCCAUCCCACCACAUCCCCCACCCCCUAGCCUCCCUCCCUGCGUGUCUGAUGACUUAUACAUGGCACAAGUCAUCACAGCAGCCCCUGGCUUCAAGAACAGCAGGCUUCAUUCCUAAAUAAUUUCAUUAAUAAUUUCAUUCCAUUGAUGAGUCAUCGUCAUCACAAUUAAU